AUGGGCGCAAACUACUUGGGCCUAGAUGCGGUAGGAUGGCAUGCAAUGGUGAAGACCUGGUGGUCUCAGGUUCUCGCCGCUUGUUUGCUGGCUACCAUUGUAAUUGGGGGCCUAUAUAUUCUCUUCCUUGUCGGAAGGCACAUCCGCAAGACUUGGCGUAAAAGGGAUCAGCUAUCCGAGGUACCCACGGUUAUUUCGCGGUGUCUCGAUCGCCUAUCAAAAGAGGCACAGCCACUCUCGACCGAGAGAUAUGCAGGAAAAGAGCUUCAAUCAUUCGGCGUCUUCCUCGGCAGUCUAUCGAACCCACCAACUCCUGAUCAGACGCAGUUGCUGCAACAGUGGGAUAUCACUGUUCUCGACCCUGCGCAAGAGGGUGUUCUGAGUUCUCUAUCAGGCCAGCCGACAGCUUCCUAUACCUUAGGACGACUGGAAGUGCGGGCGCUGGCGAACUCCGAGCGCGCUUCGGAUAACGAUGAGGUGAUUCAGGCUUUGGAGGCUGUUGCCCAGGCAUUGCAAACAAAUUUCAAGCAGUCCCAGGGUGCACAGUCGCCAUUCAAUGGAGUUCUUCUUGCUGAUUUUCUCGCCCACUUCCAACCCGUGGUAUUGAACAGAUUGGUAAACUAUAUAAACCAGCUCGGGCUCGAUGUCUGGCUCGAGCUUUCGCCACCAGCUUAUAUUACCGAACAACAAUGUCGCGAGAUUGAUAUGCUGCCCAUCAGGGGCUUUAUUUAUCGUAACGCCACUAUCUCGCCUGAUGGUAGCAGCCGCAACUACUUCCAGAUGACUGAAAUGCGAACAGCUAUGCGCGCUAUCGCCUCUCAAAAAUCUAUGGGUGGCACCACGGUCGCGAUGUGGGAGACGAUCGACAAUGGAGCAGAGUUACCGCACGAUGUUAUUCACCGGACAUUCAAAUGGUGCAACUACAGGAGUGCAAUGUGCUGGAUUGCGCCGCGUGACGCAUUGACCGACGCGACGAUUGCGACUGCAAAGACUAUAACUGAGGAGCCGCUCGGGGCCCUGAUGUGGAUGAAGGGCAACGAGGUCACCGAAGCGCAUAAUGUGUGGAGGUCUAACGGAAAGGUCUGCCAAAACCCCUGCGAUCAUGACUCUCUGUACGAGUCUUUACAUUCCUUCAUACCCGAUCUGCCGGCAAAACUAUCGUUGUCGCCGGCCUGGGAACUUCCAGCCGAUAGUCAAGAGACAGUAAUCGACGAGCUCUAUUGGCCAUCGCAGCAGGAAUCCACAACGAACCCUUUCUCUGUUUCUCCCGCUGGAGCCGACUAUACGGGGCUGGGAUGCUUCCAACUCGGACUCGACUGCACAUCUCGAGACAUUACCGAUUUAGUUGAUGCCCAGCGACAUGUCAGAGAUCUUGGUCUCCUUGAACGUGUCAAGCUAGAGGAACUCCACGGUAUCGCUGGACAAUUGCGUGCUCUCCAAAAAGCAACGACGACACCUUCCCAGGUGUUCAACGCUGUGAAAGAAUUGCUUAGUAUUCUCAGCUCUUGCAAUGGUAGUGAAACUGAUACCCUCAAAGUCUAUGUGGGAUUACAUUCAGGAUUUCGCACGCGCCUGGAAACACAGGUCUGGGGUUUGUAUGAUGUCGAUACCGCUUCCGGUACUCUCAACCUCAAUGUCUAUCUCUCGGCGAAGGUACAGGACCGUACUAGCACCCUCCUACACACUUUCAUGUCCAGUAGGGGAUACUCGAGGUUUGAAUGUCUGAUGGCCGAGGUCGCGCUAGCAACACAGACCGGAAGUUUGUCAGAGACCUGGGGAUUGCCACCACGCAUUAUGCACGACAUCGAACAACUUACACCUGCUGAGGCAAUCUUAUUUCUGCGCCGUGUUACAACUUCUGAAUGUUCGAAGUCUUCGUCAUUGUCUCAGAAAGUACGCGCUUUUUGUGAAUACCAACUCGUGGAGGCUCCGUCUCUGGCCCAGCUCAGAGCUUUGAGCUCUACUGCGUAUCUGGGCGGCGAGAUAUCCGCUGAGGACCUUGUUCAUUCACGGCUUGCAUGGUAUCGGGAACAAGGAUGCUGGUGCCCUGAUUCUACGGUCGCUGUAGCUCUUUUCAAGGAGGUCGAUGCCCGGCUACCGGCAAUCCUUAUCAAUGGGGAGCUUCAGAUUCUGACCCAGCUCGCUACCGUCGCUCAUACCGUUUUGCGAACGGAUCAAAUCGAUGCUGCUGCCGACUUGUUUGCUUUGUCCGUCUUUUGUGCAUUCCGCAAGCUCGCCCUCAAUGAAGUCUACCUGGAAGUCCUCGACCGGAACCCCUUGCCCAACAAUGACAUGCUUCAGGCCUCUUGUUUCGCAGAGAUGUACGCGGUGGGUGCACGCUGCGAUAUGUACUUCGAUAUGGCCCCGAUACUUCUCGGAAAGAUCCUCGCCACCCGGUACCGUGCAUACUACGAUGUCCACCAACCCCCUCGCCGGGACGAUAUGUUCACUGAGCUCCCAACAGCGUAUUCAUCCAUGGACAUUGACUUAGAUCCGAAGGGUGAGCAAGAAAGACCAUCGGUAUUCUAUCAAUUCACAUUCCUGGGCAUCUUCGCCGUUCCAGCCCUAAUCGAUAUCGUCAUGCUCACGACCGUCGGCCGAGGUCUUUACCUUACCACAUUCAUGAGUAACAUUGAUAAGUCGUUGGCGACACUCGCAUUGAUGAUCGCUCUUAUCCUCUGUGGUGGAUUCGGCGGCUGGAUCAGUUCUGGAGGAAACUACUACCUUAACGCCAUGGCUUUCCCGGCCAUGAGUAUGUUCGUGCUUACCCGAUUUGUGGCCGGACUGGCAGUUGCCUUCGUUGGUGGUAUCUUUGCAAUGAUCGGCAUUGGUGUCAUCAGUGGAUUUGAGCACGGUGUCGUCUUCUUUUUGUACUUCGUGAUGCUGUCCACCUUCCUCAUGACUCUCUCUGCACUCUCGGUAUACCAGAUUCCGGGAUUCCAGUUCCAAUCGGGAAGAAAUAUCAUCAUGAUGUGCAUUCCAAUCCUGUUCAUCUCGCCGAUUAUCACGAUCUGGGUCCCUCACGACACCUGGGUUUAUAUUCCGUUCCUAUGGCUAUUCUUAAUAUGUCUUUUGAUCGGUGCUCGUAUAAACAUUGCUCAGUGGAAUACAUGGUACCUCAACAUACCUCGCAUUACGGACAGUGAUGUCGUCAAUUGGUACCUCGAGACAAGGCCAGGCGACAGUCUGCCAGCGGAUGUGAAAGAUAUUGGCACCACCCCAAUCCCACGACAAGCGCUCCAAGAAAGUGUCGAGAAGGAACGGAACCGCCACUUCUGGUCCAGGUCGACUGCGGACCCCUUAGUCCGGAAGUUGGCCGAUGGAUAUUCUGCGACAAUGUUCCUUCUCGUAUGGUACUGCAGAUACUCGAGAACCAAGCUGCCACGGCCUUACAGCCCGACUUGGAACCUUCAAUUGAAAGCAUCUGUCGACACCAUGAGCGACAUGCAGAGGGGUGUCAAGCUCCACAACGCCUUUCUCCACUGGCGUCACACCGGCGGUGACGUGUGGUGCGGCAUCCUGUACUUCAUCCUCGCUCUGGUCGACAAGUGGACCGCACUGCUGACAGGGCAGUCGGUUGUGGGUUUGUCCAACGUGUCUAGCAUGAAAUAUCGGCUUGCUACCGGCUUUGGUUUGGCUUACUACCUCAUGGGCGCAGUCAUCCUUGAUGCUGUGUCGCAGCCACUGUGGACAUUGGCCAAUAAAACCACCUCCCGUGCCAUUGCCUCUCUGGAGUCCCUCCAAGAGGCCAAGCUAGACAAUAUCCGGGCACGACGAGCACUGUAUUGGAAGUCACUUGCAAAGUUCUUCUUCCUCCAUAUUUGGGGCGCUGCCAUCUCACUGGCCCUCAUGUGGGCUUUCGAAGCUACUAGCGAUGCUACCAUCAUGUACUUGGCCUAUGUUGGAUCAUACUCUGGUCUACUCUGGUAUCAGUACAACAAGGUAUUCACAGGGCUUCGUGCGGUCAUACCCCUCGCCAUAGGCACGGUUAUUGGCUUCAUUUUGGGUAUUCUCCUUCAUGUCUAUGUACCAGCUUUCGCAUACAGCAGUGUCAUCAGUUUGGCUUCAGGAACAUGGUCCGCUGCUUUGAUCUCGUUAUACAUGACCGACAUAUGGAUGCCGCUCUCGAAAAAGGAGACAAACACGCAGCCGACUUCCAAAGGUGAACUGCCCUUUUAUACCUGCAGCGCUCUCAACCCUCGCCCCGACAUUUCUCAGACAACGUUAAGCCAAACGUUUGACAGUAUUUCCGCCUUGCCAGCCGACGUGCGAUACAAACUCCAGCCGUCGGAGCAUCCAGGCGUCGAAGUCAUGCAAAUCCUUCAGUCCCAGUGCAGUUCUCAAAAGUCAGGUCGUGUCGAAGCAGCGUUUCGGCUAGCAGGAGGGCUUGUAAGUCUAACAGCAGAGCUCUGGCAGCGGGGCGAAACCACUAUCGAAUUAGUGUCCGCUGGUCACCUUCUCCAAAAUGACCACAAGAUCAGGGCAAUCAGUCGCAGCACCGCCAGUGGGUUACAUAUCUUUGUUGUCAUCGGUCCUGAUCUUGUCGGGAAUGAAUGGGUGUCGGGCAUUCGCCGGAACUGCAGAAUGAUCGCCGAGGCGAUGGUUCAGGCUACUGCUGAAUGUAAAUCGGGUAUAUCGCAUAACCAGGCUCUGGUAGCAGAGCUACUAGUUGCAGACGACAGAGAUGGUGAACAAGUUCCCGUACCAGAAGGUGUCAAGCGCCAGCUGGAGACUUAUACAGAGGAGCGUAUGCGAGCUGUCGGCUAUUGGCAAAGGACUUUACUCCGUCAUCUACUCCUCGGCUUGGAGUGCGACCUCGAGUGGGAUAAACUGCCCAAAGAUGUCCGGUCCUUCCUCUUGAAAAGAUGCUGCGGGCAGUCCUGCCGCCUUUCUUCCACACAAAUGGAUUGGAUCCGGUCAAGGUUCACUGCAAACGAGUCUCUGGGUAUUGAAGAAUUCAUUUCGCGAUGCAAUCUUGGGGCCGAAUUAGCUGUUUCUGUGACCUCUUUCACUGAGACUCUGCCACCGAACCAGGAUCUCCAGCAUGCCUUCCUAGACUCAUGGUCGGUGGGUGCCCAGCUCCCAGCAAGCCCGAACCUGUCAGAUCUAGGGUUUGUUGGAACAGUCAAGCUUGUACUGUCUCGACUCCAUGAGAAAAUCAAAACAUGCAUCAAGUUCACCGUGAUCUCUCUCGUUGCGGAUCCGGAAUACCAACGGGAGCUGAAAUACAUCCUUCGUGGACAACCUUUGAUUUUUGCCUGGCCGGCAACCCUAAUUCUUAAUACGGUCUGGACGAUCUGUAAAGCUCUUCAGCGGUUUAUCCUUCCUUUGGUUUUGCUACACGGUCGUGAGAAGGUCUCCACCCUCUAUAAGAAUAUGAAAGGCAGAAAGACGGUUAUUGAGAGCAACCGCGUCAUAACUGAGAGCUUGACCGGUCCUUCGACAGGUUUCCUCGAGACUCUACCGGAUGGUACCUUGCGACUCUACCAGUACUCUGGGCGACACGAGGAGAAACCAAGUGACAAUAAGCAACUGAGGGCCAUCAACACUUACAAGGACAAGCUCAUUCUCGAGAAGAGGGAAGAAUAUCACAAUGGGUCCCUGACCAACGAAUUUGUCUACGAUUAUACGUCGGUCAAUGAUGGUCGAAACGCAAACUUGCCAUCAAGACGUCAAUGCAUCAGCGGCGUCCUCAACGGGCAAAUCGUUCAGUAUGAUAAAAGAGGCCACAUCAUGUCUGGGUCAACCAUGCGAAACGGAGACCCGGUGUCGUUUGAAUUCUCGUAUCGGAAGCAUGCCAAGUUUGAUGAUGAGCUACUGCGAGCCGAGUUCGUUUCCGGACAUAACAAAAUCCAGGUUGCCUGGUGCAUGCCGCCUCAGACUCGUCCGGACAAAUUGAACAAAUGGAUCCCUUAUCCUCGUGUCACGGAGGCCACGUUCACGAAAGAAUCCGACGUUUACAAUGCGAAAUGGACAUAUGAUCACAAGUUCCAUCCCAUCAUUUCCACCACUCUCAACGGCGAGUGUUCGCCAACACCGCCCAUGAUCGAGAACGACUGGUACAAUGUUUUGCAGAAGCCGAAGAACUGCAGCUUCCUGGAUGAUAACCCGCUCUUCUCAUUCUCUUCUAUCAAAGCCGGGUUUGUACCGCGCAUGUUAGGUUUUAAUGUCAAGCGGUAUCCCAUUCCCACCUCGCUCGCCAGAGAACAUCUAUGGAAAUCUUGGAAAAGCGGAAAGGAAUUCGACGCGGCUACCACGAGAUGGAUGGACGAACUUCUCUUGAGGUCUGAUCGAGUACUCAAGCCUUACUGGAGACGCAGAGAUUUUGGCAGACUCGAGGCUGCUGGGAAGUACCUCGAUUCCUUUGGAGACACCGUACUUGCGAGGGUUGACAUGAAUCCGGAAGUCAGCUCCUGGACAUGGCUCGCUUUCAAGAUGAGCGACUUGUAUAGUUUCGGACAGGGCGGUGAUGCGCGUAUCAACACGAGAACGCUCUCUACGCAGCUACGGGAUAGCGACAGCCAACUCCAUGUUCUCGCGCUAGAUACCGCGACUUGGCCUAACGAACCCGGUGGUGUCUCUGCUUGCCGACGGGAUCUGGUCAACAACCUCAAAACUACUAGAUGGCAUAUCCUCGCUGAAGCGGCUACCGAUUUUGGUGUCCCCCGGUUUCAGAUUGAGAGAAAUGUGCAAUCGCUUGCCGUCGUGCCUCAGUGGGGUCUGGACUUCCUCAACCCUACUCACGGAGUCUUCCAGAGCUCGCUCGAUUCGGAGGUUGCGGAACGCUCAUUCGACACGCGGAAAAGUGAUAUUGAACAGAAUUUCAUUCCCAUUCUCACCAGUCUAGUCCGCUGCGCUCGUACCACUCAACAUACCCGCCAGCACAUUGAAGAAGCUACAAAAGCUUUGGUUGAUUUGAACACCUACUUCGAGUCUUCCCGGAACUGGAACGAUGUCUGGAUGAGUGACGUGGUUAAAGAUGCCUGGAGAAAGUUAUGGUUGGCCGACGAUCUUGAUGGUGUCAUACCCAUAUCCCAAUGGAGAACUGCGGAACAUCCGACGUUGGUGCAACUCGACACCGCGUUGGAUAUGUGGCAUCGCUAUCUGUUUGUCUUCUCUGUUCCUGUCCCCGAAAAGAUUCCCGAUAUUUUCCAGGCAUCACAUCAUUUCACCGGCGCCACCUAUGGUGUCCUCUGUAAGAUCAAGCGGAAGUGUGCCCUGCAUGUGUGGGAUCACUCCAUCAGCUUGAGAGAGAUGGUCACGUUCUUGUCUGGCGCCAUCUCUUUCGACUCUUCCUUCGUCAACACCACUCUUAUCCACCUGGGUCGUCUGUCCUGUGUCCUGGCUGAACAUCACGCGGACGUGGUCUUGCCGUGCGCCGCAUUUUUCAACCCCGGCUGGGAGGCAGAGUUGGGAACUUGUGAAGGUGCUCUGCAGCACCGUCGGGCAUUCGAGCGAAAGAUCGACCCGGUGGUCAACGGCAUCACUGAUAUGGAGAAAUACAAACCCAUUGAGACCAUCAAGACCGAAACGCCUACUGUGGUCAUGCUGUCCCAUAUCCGAUAUGUGAAGGAUAUCAAAACCGCCGUCAUGGCCACGGAUGUGAUUGUCAACCGAUGGGGCUUCAAGGACUAUUGCCUCCACAUUUACGGAGACAUGGAAAAGACGCCUGGCUACUCCUCGGAAUGUCAAGAGAUCAUCGCGUCCAAGGGGCUUCGCGAUCACGUGGUUCUCAAGGGUCUGGGUAACCCAUCGGUGGUGCUCCAGGAUGCUUGGCUGUUCAUGAAUUCGUCCAUUUCCGAAGGUCUGCCCUUGGCUAUGGGUGAGGCUGCAUUGACAGGAGUUCCCGUGGUCUGCACCGACGUUGGCGCGUCAUUCUGCGUUGUCACGGACAGUAAGACUGGCAAGCGGUUCAGUGAGGUCGUCGCGCCCAAUGACGCCCUGUCCCUUGCUCAAGCGCAAAUCCGAAUUCUCGCCUUGGUCGAUGAAUGGGCCCCGUUUGCCGAGGACGAGGAGGGCUACCAGCCGCCGAAGCUGUCACUGCGCCCCAGUCCCGAGGAGGUGGAGCAGAUCACGAAGAGAAUGUACGCCAAAACCGAGCAGCGACGUCGACUCGGUAUGCGCGGGCGCGAUAACGUGCUCAACAAUUUCUCCGAGCACCGGUAUCUCCGGGAACACGAACAGAUGCUCUGGAUUGGCAAGUACCAAAGCCGCAGCUUCAUUGCUCGUGAGCGGAUGGCCUCGUCGAACAGCUCGUUGGGUUUCACCAAGGAGAGAAUCCAUUCAUCGCAGCCGUCCCGAACGUGGUUGGGGAAGCUACGACGUGGACCGGGGCAACUCAGCUCUGCUGAGUCGAGCUCGGAUUCCGUUUGA